CUCGGCAGGGAGGGGCGCAGAAAUCCCCUUCAACUGAAGCAACGACUGAACUGAGCACACAGGGGCUGUGCUUCAUAACAGCUCGAUCUGAAGCAUUGUAGCUGCAUAAGAGCUUUUGACUGCUCUCGGAUCACUUUACUGGGACACACAAGGAGCAAAAAUGCAUCUUCAAACCGUCUUUGUUCUCCUGGUUUUGUCUGUCAUCACGGCAGAGUCCUGCGAUACGGAGACACAGUACAUGAAGGAUAAUAAGUGCUGUAUGCUGUGUGUGCCAGGUACAAGGAUGAAAUUCCCGGACUGUAAUGACCCAGUGUGUGAGGAGUGUGAAGAUGGAGCAUAUCAGGAAAAUUACAAUAAAGACUCUCAGUGCAAACGCCAACAAAUCUGCGACCGCAACCUCAAUUUGGAGAAACAAUUACAAAGCAAGAAAAAAUACACUCCAUGCAAGUGUAUUGAUGAUCAUCACUGCGCCAGUGUAGACUGUGUUUCGUGUGUGAAAAACACAGUAUGCAAAGCAGGCGAGAAAAUGACCAGAAAUGGCACCCAAAUGUCAGACAGGGUGUGUGAAGCCUGUCCUAUUGGGACAUUUUCCGACCAUGACUCAGCUCUAACCUGCCAGCCUUGGACAGAAUGUUCUUCAGGAUUCACAGAAGUUGCUCCAGGCUCGUCUACAUCCAACAGAAUCUGUGAGGUGAACAAGAGGCUUACUAUAAUCACGCCUGUGGUUAUUUUUAUUGCGCUGGUCAUGCUUAUGGCUGUGGGUUUAUGCGUUGUUUAUAAAAAAGGGAGAACAGGAUCUAUAUCCUUCGUGCAAAAGUUACAGACAUGCUGCACCAAACAUACUCAUACUCAUAUAGCUGCUGAAGACAAUGUGUAUAUUGAAAAAGAAAAUGGACAAGAGCAGCAGCCCCGCAAUCAGCCACAGGAGGACACUGAGGAUCUUUUAAAACUCGAGACUUCUUUAGUCCCAGGCAUCUCUGAAAAUGGAUUGCCUGUCAUUCAAGACCAUAGUAAAUCCUUCCUUUUUUCUGAGACUGAAACAGAGCCAGAAAGUAUUUCAGUUCGUUUGUAAUAAAUUUGGGCAGUAGUACAUGUGGGAAAAUUGGUCAGAAAACUUCACCUGCAUUAGAAUACGUAUAGUUGUUAGAAAUUAAAUGGUGACCCACUGCUUUUGACAUUGUAAUGUGUUGUAGCAUGCAGCAACGUGUAACAUAUUUGCAAACAGCUUGUAAAUUUCCACAUGUAUUCGGCUGCUCCCGUGGGUCAGAGUUGCACUACUAUGUGUUAAGUGUUUUAACAUUGUUGUAAAUAUUUGUGUUUUAUUUGUUUGUUUUUUUUCCGUUUUAUUUUUACUUUUGUAAUGUAAAAUAAAGUAUAGUUUGUGUGUGUUUCGUGGUAUAGUGGAACAAAUGCUAAAAUGUAGGCCCAUGCCCAGUUUGUUCUGGGGCAGACUAUUGUGUAUUAUUUGAACUGUCCACAUGAGAGCGCUGUUCAUAAUCACACACUACCUGCAUCACUGCAUGCUGUGGUAUGAAACAUGCUUUUUGUUAACAGCUAUACCAAGGUUGGGCUCUAGAACAGCAAAAAUUUUUUUUAGGCAUAUGUAAAGAAAUACUGCAAAACAAAGGCGCUUUCAUAAAUCAUGAAAUUGAAUAUUUUUAUGUUUUAAAAAGGAUAUAAUGCACAAUAAACUAAAAAAAA